CGGACGGGUUUCCGGUUCCGGUGUGGCAGCGGCGCUGUGUGGAGAUGCUCGCGUUAGGAGAGAGGUAACGCUAACGGUGAGCAGCGCGCGCACCUGAUCGAGAACAGCGCCAGACACUCAACCGCAGCGCGAGACGCCCGGACACCCGAGAGUGUGUGUGUGUGUGUGUGUGUGCGUGCGCGCGCGCUCCAGUGUAUGAGUGUGUGAGAGGUAAGAGAGACCGACACAGUGAAAGAGAGAGUGAGAGCGCGCGCCUGCCACAGUCCGCCCCUCGCGCCGCUCGCUGGUCGUCAUGGCGAAGAACACGCUGUGGUCGCGGUUCCGGGGCGUGGACAUCGACCAGUACGACGAGAACCGGUUCGUAGAUGACAACGAGGAGGCCGCGGAGCAGCAGGGACCGGACGGGGCCGAGGUGGACGCGCUCAUCAGGCAAGGAGACAUGAUGAGCGCCUUCCACGUGGCCCUGAAGAACCCGCCCAUCAACUCUAAAAACCCCGCUGUCAAGGAGCGCGCUCAGGCCGUGGUGCUGCGUGUCCUCACCUCCUUUAAGAGCAGCGACAUCGAGCCGGCUGUAAAGUCUCUGGAUAAGAACGGCGUGGAUCUGCUGAUGAAGUACAUCUACAGAGGGUUCGAGAAGCCCUCGGAUAACAGCAGCGCCAUCCUGCUGCAGUGGCAUGAAAAGGCGUUUGCUGUCGGAGGUUUGGGUUCCAUCGUACGAGUCCUGACGGCGAGGAAAUCCGUGUGAAAAAAAAUAUAUAAUAAAUUUAAAGAAAAUCCAGA